AUGGCGACUAUGAGAGCAAUUGGUAUACCGAUUCCCCUCCAAGCCCCAUUCAUGCUCACAUCUCUAACGUCCAAUCGUUACAGAAAUCAAAGACGGCAAAGGCCCAAUCGAAAACCUGUACAUGAACUCGAACACUCCCCGACCGAUCCCCACCGGUUCUCAGGCGCUCGUCAAAGUAAAAGCCUUCGGCCUCAACCGCAUGGACACCCUGCAACGCGAAGGAAAAUACCCUGUGCCUCCUCAAGCACCUAGCACAUUGGGCGUAGAAUUCAGCGGAACGAUCGAAGAGCUAGGCAACGAAUCCGAGUCGUCAUUCAAAAAGGGAGAUGCAGUCUUUGGCCUGGCAUAUGGUGGUGCGUACGCUGAAUACAUUGCCGUGAGCACACACAUGCUGGUGCAUAAGCCGGACGAGCUGUCCUGGGAAGAGUGCGCUGGCAUACCAGAGACAUGGAUCACGGCUCUGCAAGCCAUGUAUCUCAUUGGAGAGUUUUCGGAAGGGAAGAGUAUCCUGUGGCAUGCGGGUGCCAGCUCCGUGAGCAUUGCAGGCCAGCAAUUGAGUCGAGUCAACGGAGCCAGCGAAGUCUAUGCCACUGCGAGAGCGGACGACAAAUGCGAUUUCUGCGUGAAACAGCUCGGUGCGAAGGCGGCUUAUAACACAAAGAAGGUCAAUUGGGAUGAAGAAGUUCUCAAAGCGACGAACGGCAAAGGCGUAGAUAUCAUUGUCGAUUUCGUCGGCCCGGAUACCUUUGCAGGAAAUCUCAACGCCGCAGCCAAAGACGGACGGAUCGUCAAUCUUGCUACUCUGGGCGGUACCAAGUUGAAAGAUACGAAUGCAGAUUUUGGGAACUUUGUCAGGAAACGACUACGAUAUGAGGGAAGCAGUCUGAGAAGUCGGGACGAGGCAUAUCAGGGCAAGUUGAGAGAUCAGCUGGUAGAACAUGCGUUGCCGAUGUUUAGGGAUGGGAGACUGAAGAACUACGUGGAGAAGGUGUAUCCAUGGGAACAGAUUCAGGAGGCACAUCGACAGAUGGAGGCGAAUUUGACAAAGGGGAAGCUGAUUUGUACGAUUACAUGA